CUGUUUAAAGAAGUUAUUCAUUGUGGUGCGAUCUGUUUUAUUGUAUCCGGUUUUAUUGUGAAAGGCUGAACAGGAAGUGAAUACAGUGUGCGGAUACAACUUGUUUCGGGGUUUGAAAAAUAAACAGACGUGUUUGAGUCGCUCUAUUUCGGCACUUAUGAAAGUUCUGCGUAUGCCGAACAACUACGUGACCGCGCGUCGACACGUGACGUCAUAUUCUAAUUUUUCUCUGACGUCAUCGUGAAAGAUUAGCCAACUGCGAUCGCUUUAGCUAAUAAGCUUACGAGUUCGACGRACGUACCUUUCACGAACAUUUCGACAGGACUGCUGCUCUAAAAAACUAAAAUGUUAACGUGGUUUUCUGUUCUUGUGGAUCAGAUAUGUAAGUGUUUGAAGAAAACCUUGUGCUCGCCUCCGGCAAACGAUGGAUUAACUGAAGACAAACAACCUUCUCACGUUCCUGCGGGGUCACAGCCUGUGUCGGGCUCUGUAUGCAAAAAUGACACUUUGAAGAUAGAUCUAAACAAUGAAGUACACGUGGGUGAUAUAAUUUACAACAACUCCAAUGUUUUCCGCAUUGAAAGCAUACUUGGAGAAGGAUGGUACGGAUUGGUAACAAAAUGCCAGAUAGAAAACACAGAUCAGGUGACCGCUUUAAAGUUUGUAUCAUCAAAAAAUCAGCGUUCAAUUAGAUUGGAGAAGGAGGCCUCUCGACGUUUUAAAAUAAGUAAUCUUGCAAAAAGCCACAUUGUGGAGUACUUCGAUCACUUUAUGUUUAAUGAUAUGGGCUGUUUUGUUAUUGAGCUGCUUGACAAAAGUCUGGACAGAUUAUUGAAGGAAAGAACAUGUCUGAGACUAUAUGAGAUUAGGAUUAUUGCAAAACAAAUGUUGGUUUGUCUCUGUACAUUGGAAAAGCUACAACUGAUUCAUACCGACAUCAAAACUGAUAAUAUAAUGUUAGUUAAUCACACCUCCAUGCCAUUUAGAGUUAAGUUAAUUGAUUUUGGGGAAUGUAGGUACACAURUGACUCAUUGGAGGGGUCGGAAUUGCAGGCUCUAUUAUACAGAUCCCCAGAGUGUCACCUGGGAUCAUUUUCAAUAAAUCACGCUAUAGAUAUGUGGAGUCUGGGCUGUGUUCUGGGUGAGCUUUAUCUUGGUCAUUUAAUAUUUGAAGGUAAAACAAGUUACAAAAUCAUGAGAUCAAUUGUUAAUCUCCUUGGCCAGCCAGAUGGAUGUUAUAUUGAAUAUUCACAAAAAGGCACACGAUACUUUACAGCUGACGAGACUGAAUCAGGAAAGGUCUGGAGGUUUAGAACGACACAGAGUUGCACCAUAGAUGAACCUGACACCCACAGUGCUGUUAAAUCUUUAGAUGAUUUGCUAAAAAAUGCAUACCCUCUCGAAAAUGUUUACGAAUUAGAAGAUUUGAAAGAAUUCACAGACCUUCUCAAAAAGAUGCUAGCUGUGAAUCCCAUACAACGAAUCCUCCCAUCAGAUGCUCUUGAGCACAAUUUCAUCACAAUGGAGCAUCUACCUCUAUCUACAACGAUUGAUGACCCCUAUAUGACAGAGGUCAUGCAGACCAUUGAGACCAUUCAGAACAUUCAGUUGGAUCUGCCCCACAAACCGUGAGUUUUAAAGGCGACCUACGGUGGGGGUCCUAGCACAAGUAGGGAUCCAUCUAUGGGCUAUAYAAAACAUGUUCAUUUGAUUUAAUUCACAAAAAGAAUCUCAACUUGAGAAUUUGCAUUUCUGGCGAAAAUGUUAGUGUGAAUGCCUCU